AUGUCCCUUUCUUAUAAUGACAGUCUCUACCUCGUACGCUCUCAAAAGCUCGUACACCAACCACCCGCUCAUUCCAUUCUCUCUGAAUAUGCUCUUCGGGUUCAGGCUAGCAAGACGGGUGUUGAUGCUGCAGCUAUUUAUGGCUCGAUUUCAAUGUUGCAAGAUCAUCAUCGCUCCCUGCUACCAAACACGAUGGGAUCAAGCCAUAUUCACACGGUGAGAACCAAUGAAUCGGAUAGUGUGAUGGCCCUUUGUCAGAAUGGAGACGUUUACCAUUGUUCUCAUUAUGAUGCCACAGUCACUUCGGACAAGCAUUUGUCGGCAUUUCAGAAACUCACCAACGUGUCCAACUUUCUUGAUGAAAAUGAGAGAGUCAUUGCAGUGGAGGUGACAUCAUCCAAGAGAGUUGUUCUAACAAAUAAGCGUUUAUUUGUGCUCGAUUUUCAUACAUCUCAACCUGGCGAGGGAAUUCCACUCCCAGUAUUACAAGACCCAUUGGAUAGAUUUAAAUUUGUUCGAUGUAGUUCAAGAGCUGACUUUUUCUUUGUUGGAACAGAAAUGGGAAAGGUCUAUUGCUAUGGAAGAAAUUCAAAUGAGAUUUUUGGAAAUGAUUGUGCAGGCAGAGAGGAGACCUUGACAACGUUUAGAUUACAGGAAUUUCUGUCAUCUUUGCCAAGUCCAGUGGAUGAUAUUGAAUGUGGCUAUUUAUUCGCGGUAGCACGAUGUAAGAACGGGGACUGCUUCGGAUGUGGCUAUAACUGUUAUUGCAAUAUCGGCAUUGAUGGUGACAGAACUGUGGAGGCAGAUACGUUCAAACUGGUUGAAAAGUUGAAAGGACGCGUCAAACAGCAUGCAUGUGGAUCAUUUCACACUGCAUACAUUACAUUUGACAAUGAGUUAUGGAUUUGUGGCUUGAAAUCAGAUGGACAACUUGGAAGUAAAGAAUUUAAUGAUGAGCAUGGAAACUCAGAUUGUGUCAACUUGGUUCAAUAUACUAUUGGUAACAUUACUCGUUUUAAAAGCGUUUGUUGCUCUGGAUAUGGAACCUUUAUUUUGACUGAAACCAACGAUCUUAUUUGCUGUGGAAAAACCGAUCACUUUGAACUUGGACAAGGCAUAAAGACAGGUCCUCACCAUGCUCUAUUCAAAUUAGAAAAUUCUGAAAUGAUUGGAGACUUUGGAAUGAAUCCCAAUGAGAAUAUUCGAAUUGCAGUUCUGACCUCAUACGAUUAUGGUUUUGUUGGCUUUAUUCAUUGCCGUUCCUUAACUGGUAAAAGCCUCGGCUUAUUUAUGGGUAACUUGAAAAAGUGUGCCACAUCACAUCAUGCACAAGCUUGCUCUGAUAUUACGAUCAACUGUUGUCACUGA